AUGAAGUUCACCGCCCUCAUCGCCUCCAUCGCUCUCCUCGCCACCUCCGUCGUCGCGCAGACGACCGUCACGGUCUCCUACGACCAAACCUACGACAACGCCGACGGGUCGAUGCUGACCGUCGCCUGCUCCGACGGAGCCGAGGGCCUCGAUCCUCCCUACGACACGUUCGGCUCCCUGCCGACCUUCCCCUUCAUCGGAGGCGCUGCCGCCGUCGCCGGGUGGGGUUCGUCGGAGUGCGGCUCCUGCUGGGAGCUGUCGUACACCUCGCCCCAGGGUGUCGUGUACACCAUCAACGUGCUCGCCAUCGACCAUGCCGGCGCUGGCUUCAAUAUCGCGCUCGAGGCGCUGAACGCGCUGACGAACGGUCAGGCCGAAUUCCUCGGAAGGGUCGAUGCGACGGCCACCUCUGUUGACGCGUCGGCUGGCAGCAAGAGGGAAUUUGAAUAG